UAUGUGUCAGUAAAACAUAAUAUUAUUAUAGUCAUAGUGUUUUGUGUCAGUGUCGUGUCUAGUUAUAGUCAAGGAUACCGAAUGGGGAAAUCGUGACGACUACAUUGAUUAGCGCUUAGGCUUUGCGGAAUACGAAUGAGUGAAAAUGACGAGGAAGUUUCUCUUCUGUUUCCCGCUGCGAGUGGGCAACAUUGUCUUCGGCUACAUUGUCAUUGUGUUAAGUCUUAUGGUGGCCGCCUUACAUCUAUACGAACUUGGAGCCUGCAUCAUCACACGAGGGAGCCGCACUGAAGACAAAUUCGGAAACUUUCAGAAACUCGAAAGCAUAUUUGGGGAAGACAAGAAUGAACUAGUGGAAAUUAUAACCAUAACUUACUACCUAACGUACAUCAUAAUAGGACUGUUACUGUUCAUUUUCGCCGCGAUAUUUACGUGUGGUGUUUACAAAUUAAACGAUUGUGCCAUAACGACGUUCUUCGUGUAUUGUUUCUUCCACCUGUUCUUCAGCAUCGGUCUGAUCGUGUGGGAGGCACUCACAGCAGGCUGGGUGCAGCUGGGCCUUAUUGCUGUCUCCGAUGUGCUCCUCAUAAUUUGCCUGUUCAGUGUCAAAUACAUGAUGGAGGCGAUACGGACUGGGAACGUCUACACUCGACCUGGCGACAUACUAUACAAGUGCUAGCUGUAAUCAGAAAAGUGUAGACGAAUUACUUGUUUGCUCACAACUGAAAGUUAAACGUGUAGAACUUAAUGUAUAGUCUGAGAAAAUUAUUCAAAAGCAGAUGGCGGACCUACAGCUACGUUAUUUGUUUGGGUUCUGUCAAGCUCAGCCGACAGAUCACGGCUUACAUACUGACUAGACAUAACCCGACAAAAUAAUGUAGCUGCGGCAUAUUCCUGAAUGAAUUUUGAAUGAACUAAUUUCUCUAAUAAUUCAAUUAAACUUCUUACUUUGUAAGUAAACUAGGUGAAACUUGCUUCUGGCAAACAUUCCACGAAAUUAUUUAACUACAUUGUAAAUGUAGUUCAAAAAUUGUAGUGUAUUAUGUAAUGUAAGCCGAUUUUAUAAUUACCUUAGGGUAAAAACUAACCACACCUUUCAUGAGAGCUCAGAAGUGUUUAUUAUAUAUUUUUAAUAGUACUUCUAUUCUAAUGAGAAAGUUCUACUGUUUAAUGAAUGCGGUAAAGGCUUUAAUUGACAUUCCAUUUUCUAACUUUUUAUUACUGCCUUUACUUUUAUACGACAAUUUCAUUGCAAUGUGAGCAGAAGACAUAAUCAUUCGAUGCCGACACGACUAUUUUAUUCUUUUUUACUAUUAUUACUUUGGUCCUUGAGGCAAAAUCAGCAUCAAGGAAGCAAAAUGAUUU